AUGCAUCCAUCAAUAAUUAGACUUGUUGGAAUAUCCAAAGCAACAGCUAGCAGAACUACUCCAUUUGGUUUCAGAACCUUUGCUUCAACUGCAGCUAAAAACACCCAUUCGUAUCAAAUUGUUCCACAGUAUAAAUACUACUUCAAACGUGUACCUGAUAUUGCCAUGUGGUUUACCGGUAUUGCAUUCUUUUUCGGAUGGCCUCAUGUUUGGGUUUUUUGUAGUAAUGCUUUGAACAAUGCUCCUGGUAAUAGAGGUCAAUUUUACUAA